AUGGCCUCCUCGGAAUUCAUCAGUCUUUCUUCUGCUGGGGACCCCAGAGCUGGAUGCAGUGUUCCAGGCGGGAUCUCACCAGGACGGAGCGGAGGGACAUUUAGAUACCGCUCUGCUACCCACGCUGUUUUUGACGCGGCCCAGGACGGGGCUGUUUCCGGUCACGUGGGCGGCGGGACCGGGGNCUCCGCCGCCCUCGGCCGCAGCGGCCACCGCGCGCCCCCGCUGCCGGGAGGCGUCGCCGCCGCCGCUCUCCCCUCGGCCGGGAGGAGCUACGGCUCCCAGGCGAAGGAAGAGGAGGAGCUGCGCGUCCGGUACCUGGAUGAUGAGCACAAAGGAAUUGUGGUGCUUGGAUUAAACAGAUCUCAUGCCAAGAAUGCACUUAGCAAAAACCUUGUAAAAAUGAUGUCAAAAGCUGUGGAUGCUUUGAAAUCUGAUAAGAAAGUACGAACUGUUGUAUUCCGGAGUGAAGUCCCGGGGAUAUUCUGUGCUGGUGCUGACCUUAAGGAAAGGGCAAAAAUGCACUCAAGUGAAGUUAGUUCUUUUGUCUCCAGAGCAAGAGCAACUAUUAAUGAAUUGGCUAAUCUGCCUGUACCUACUAUUGCUGCAAUAGAUGGAACUGCCUUAGGUGGUGGCCUAGAACUUGCGUUAGCCUGUGAUAUACGGGUGGCAGCAUCUUCUGCUAAAAUGGGCCUAGUUGAAACAAAGUUGGCCAUCAUUCCAGGUGCAGGGGGGACACAAAGAUUACCUCGCACAAUUGGAGUGUCAUUGGCAAAAGAACUAAUCUUCUCUGCACGCGUUGUAGAUGGUGAGGAAGCAAAAUCAAUAGGAUUGAUCAGCCAUGUGGUAGAACAGAAUGAAGCAGGGGAUGCUGCAUACAGAAGAGCAUUAGCUCUGGCGAGAGAAUUCUUACCUCAGGGACCAGUAGCAAUGAGAGUUGCAAAACUGGCUAUCAAUCAGGGAAUGGAGGUCGACUUAGUAACAGGUUUAGCAAUUGAAGAAGCUUGUUAUGCUCAGACUAUCCCAACAAAAGAUAGAAUUGAAGGCCUUCUUGCAUUUAAGGAGAAGAGACCUCCUCGCUACAAGGGAGAAUAAAAGAAUCUGAUGCCUUUAAAAUACAGGGGGAUAAAAGUACUUCUAUGAGGACCAUUAAGGUGCACUUUGCAUCCGCACCUGGAAUAUCACAAUCACCAAAGUAACAGCAAAUCAUACAGAUUACAACAUUUUGAAUGUGUCCAUACUUGUACGAAGCCAAGAUAGAAAUGUGUGUCAGCUCAUGCUCAUUACAAUUUCUGAUGGUUGAUCUGUGUAAUGGCAAAGUCACAGGUUCAUGCAGCAUUUUUAAAAUUUCAAAUGUAUGAAACAUACCAUUACACAAUUGAAAAAGCUCUGUAAUUCUUUACAUAGACAAAAUGUAUCUGUGAUGUUAAGCAUAAAUCUGCUAUAUCAUUUUAUCAAAACAAAAGCAACUACUGAACACCAAAAAUAAGAAAUUGUACCAAAUAUGCAUUUAAAUGAUUCUGUAUAUCAGUAAAAAUUAUAUUGAGUAUUCUAUCAGAAUAUCUAUAUUAUUAAUAAAGCUAGGGGAAAUGAAAAGGAUUAUAAUUUAGAAAAUGUUCAGCUUUGUUUAUCUUACUUACGCUAUCCUAAGCAAAAUGAAAUUGACUUUAGCACUUAAUGGUGUCCUUUUGAUAAAGUUGUUGCCAUUAUAUUAAUUUAAUUGUAUUAAAUGAAGACAUUUUUGAGGCCAGCCUUUAAUUAUACAUUCUUGUAUGUUAACCUGUCUUUGUCUUGCAUUUUUCCAACAUAUCUUCUGAUCAGCACUGUAAUGGAAUUUUAUUUCAUUUGCCCCAGUUAUUUUAAAUUUUUGAUGAUUGUACUAAAGAUGGUUGUGUGGGGAUAUGACCAAUUUGCUGUAAUAGAACCUAGAAUUAUCUUAAUUUCCAGAAUAUUUCUUUUGCAAAUUUUAUGAAUGUAUAUUUAUGUACAACAGGGAUGAUGGUGAAAGGUUGUUUAUUUUGUGUUGGCCUCUGAGUUCUUUUCAUGCAUUGCAAGAGAAAUGCAGUAGGUUUCAAGGUAAGAAAACUGAUGAUUCAUACUGUGUAUUUGCAGUGGAUGCAGCAUAUACAGCAAAUGUCUGGAAAUAACCUCCUAAAAAGUAUUUUUGUUAAUUUGACUGGAAAAUAAACAUGGCUUAGCAGUCCAAGGCUGUCUUUUUAUAUGAAAAGAAAUUUAUUUGUGCUGGGUUACCAUUGGCUCAUGAAACUUGUGCAUGUUUUGCUGUUUCUGCAACAUUAGCUAUGGUCACUGUCCAUAUCUGUGAUGAUAAAGCAGCUCAUCAACAUGAAAUGACAAGAACUCAUUUAAAUUCAUAUUUAGACAUAUCAUUACAUGUAAAUUGAUUAUAACUGGUAGAGCUCACACUUUGUUGACUGGUAAACUUGCUGAGUUGAUAAUUUCUUGCACAAUAAUUUGCAAAUAAAGUAUUGGUACUUGUUUUGAUAGUUAUAUAAAGCCUAGAGGGUCAUUUUCUCAUGUUUUUGAAAUGCUAACAUGUCAUUUUCAUUUUUACUGACUACAAAAUAAUUAUGUUAAUAGGAAAAAAAUAUUAAGCAUUUGCUGAUGGGUUCUGUUGCAUAACUUUGAUAUACAUUCUGCUUACUGAGCUGCCUCUGUUUUUACCAAGCACUGAUUAAGUAGCUUCUGUGAAUGUCUAUUUAAAAACAUCUAAUA